UUGCCAUUCUCUACAAGCAACAUCUUCACCUGAAGCCCCCAUGGAUUUCUUCUCUAGUUUCGUCUCUCUCGCUGCUGCAGUAGUAGGCCUUUUGUUGCUGGCGACCCGCACCUGGAGAGCCCUCAACAGCAACCGGAAGAGAUACCCUCCGGUGGUCGGCACCAUCUUCCAUCAAUUCCUCAAUUUCCGAAGGCUUCAUGACUACCACACGCAGCUUUCUGUCAAGCACAAGAUCUUCAGGUUGUUCUCACCCCUCUGCCACCAGAUCUACACCACCGAUCCCGCCGUCGUCGAGUACAUCCUCAAGACCAACUUUGAUAACUACGGCAAGGGAUGGUAUAACUACGGAAACAUGAAGGAUUUGUUCGGAGAUGGUAUAUUUGCAGUAGACGGUGACAAGUGGCGCCAUCAACGAAAACUUGCCAGCUUUGGCUUCUCUACAAAAGUCUUGCGAGAAUUUAGUGGUGCUAUUUUUAAGCGUAACGCAGUCAAGCUUGCUCACGUCCUUUCUUCCUAUGCCACUUCCGAUGAGAAGUUUGACAUGCAAGACCUGUUGAUGAAAUCCACCAUGGAUUCCAUAUUCAAAAUCGGAUUCGGAUUGGAGUUGAACUGCUUGGAUGAUUCUGAUAACCGCGGAAGUGAAUUUGCCAAGGCAUUUGAUGUUUCGAACGAGUUCAUCAUGAUGCGAUACGUAAACGCCUUUUGGAAGGUCAUGAGAUUUCUCAACAUCGGCAGUGAGAAGACUCUCAAGUCAAAAGUCAAAUUCGUCGACGAUUUUAUAUACAAACUGCUACGCAUCAGGGUGGAAGAAAUGUCAAACGAAGGAAGUGAUUCGGAAGGGAAAGAUGAUAUCUUGUCAAGAUUUUUGGAGGAGAGCAGAAAGGAUCCACAAAAUAUAGAUUUAAAAUAUCUGAGGGACAUAAUUCUUAACUUCAUGAUUGCUGGAAAAGACACCACGGCAGGCACGCUCGCGUGGUUCUUCUACUCGAUCUGCAAGGACCCACCGGUGCAAGAGAAGAUCUAUCAGGAAAUCAAGGAAGUGAUUGAAGCCAGUGAAGAUGCAGCUUUUGAUGCAUUCGCGGAGAGCAUAGAUGACGAGUCACUCAACAACAUGCACUAUCUUCAUGCCGCCCUCUCUGAGACACUAAGACUAUAUCCUGCGGUUCCCCUGGAAAACAAGGUGUGCUUUGCUGAUGACAUUCUACCUGGAGGCUACAAUGUGAGGAAAGGUGAUAUUGUGUUCUACCAACCCUACGCGAUGGGAAGAAUGGAAUACCUGUGGGGAAAGGAUGCCGAGAUAUUUCGCCCGGAGAGGUGGCUGGAUGAUGGUGGUGUGUUCCAGCCUGAGAGCCCCUACAAGUUCUCAGCCUUUCAGGCUGGUCCAAGAAUUUGCUUGGGGAAAGAGUUUGCCUAUAGACAGAUGAAAAUAUUUGCAGCGGUGCUCCUACGCUUCUUCAAGUUCAAGCUUGGUGACGAGAAGAAGGAUGUUGAGUACAGAACCAUGACGACUCUCCACAUUGAUCAAGGCCUAUACCUCCAAGUACUCCACAGAUAGAAUACAUGUAGCAAACUUUCUCCUGUAGUAUUUUUAAGCCAUGUAAUCAAACUCAUUAAGCUGGUGUUCUUAUAAGCAUGUAUAUUCUGUUGGGAUAUAUUUGGAAAUCUAACGUCGACGAGCAAUAUCUAAGGUUUCCCUU